GGCAGCGAGGGCGAAGCGCUGGCGUGCGCCCGAGAGGACUCACGGCGAGCGCACGCAGCAGCAGCGGCAGCGGCAGCUCGGCCCUCACCUGGGGUAACCUACAAGGGGUACACCAUUCUCCCGUCAUCAAACGCUGCCGCCACACCACCGUCACCCCACCGCCACACGCCCGUCGCAUUACCACUUACAACACCACAACACCGCACGGACACCGCCUCCAUUAGUCGAUCUGUGAAAGACACGGCGCCUCUCGCUGCGUCGGAGCUUCCCCCUGACACACACACACGUAAAACGGCUGGCGUGUCUUGCAGGCCUCGUGUAAGACACUCGGAAUAUCUUGCAGUUUCGGUAAUAGAGUACGUGAGAGCGCGGCGGCGAGAGCGAGACGGGCUUCCUGCAGUCAAGCUGAAGCAACGCUAUUUAUUCCUUUUUUUUUUUCGCAACUCCUGUUCCUCCAGCUGCAGGGAGAGGGGUCGAGUGUGUGCCAAGAUGAUACGUUGCCUCCACAGCUACAGCUCGAGCUCCCGACGACGUAUCGCCCGCUCAGCGACGUGGUGAUCUGAAAAAUUUAGACGUAUCGAGUGAAACUGUUCGAUCGAGUGGUAUGUCGCCAGUCUUAAGUUGUGACUGAGAUCAUGGUGUGCUUUUAACGCGUGUGGGAUAGUGAAGUGUAUUUCUUUGCGGUGAUGGAGGAACACGUGUGAGAUACGCGCAGUGUGAAGGUAAAAAAAUAUAUAAUCGUUAAGUCUUUCCAUGAGUGCUCUGCUUUGAUCGGGAGCGAGCAGAUCCUCUUGCAAAAGAGCAAAAAAAAAAGAGAGUACCGGACAAUCCGCGAGACACUGAGACUUUCUCAAGCAUCGAUCUCCACCUCGACAAGAGAUAAGCGAAGGUAUCCAGGCCCCACGGAGGCAGGAGCGCCCCGGAGAGAACGUCGCAGCGCCAGCCACCCGGAGGAGAGCGCCAGACACACCUUCCCGACGCUGGCACUGGUGUGGACCAGCAACAAACCGCCGUGGCAUUGUGUAGUACGCGCCGAGACACGCAACAAUGAACACUACGUAGCUACUCGUGCGUAACCCCCGCCAUGCACACACCAGCGACGGACAUUGCAAGAGUCGUGGCUGGGUUAUGCACGUGGUUGCAAGGAGUGGCUGGCGUGCACUGAGUGGUGGUUACCAUGGCACCCGGCACGGCGGACUUGCACGUGGCUCUUCCAGUCCUCUUCGCCCUGGUCAUCUCCGUUCUCCCGCCAGGUCACGACGGCGCCAACCUCCGCUUCGCCCCAGGGUACCACAAGAAGUACCCGAAACCCGUACCCGCUUCCUCCUACCCAGGCUACCCCGCACACUACCCGAACUGGGGGUCGCAGUAUCCGCAGCAACAGGUCGGGUAUCUGGGACGCGACGAGGACCCAGCGAGAAGCGAGGAAGUAGUACCCGACUCUUCGCGGAAUAACCGGUACCCGCUCGGCACGGACGGGUAUCCGGGCAGCGACAACGAGCACCCGUCGCUCACCAACCGAUACCCGGGCACCCGAAGCGGAUACAUCGGGAACGACCUGAACGGCGUCCCUUUACCCGACACCGACGCCAGGUUCCCGCCGACCCGCGUGGAAAAUGUCGGCUACCCGCACCACGGCGUCGGAUACCCGAACUACGGCUACCCGAUGAUCAAGACCUCGCCCAAUGACGUCAUCAACGGGACCUUAGUGAACCCGUGGGACGCCGCGGUCUGGGACCACGUGCUCGACCCCGACGUCUGCAGGACCAUGUCGGGGCUGACGAGGUCGCAGCUGCACGUCUGCACGCGCAACGUCGAACUAGCAGGAGCAGCAGCUAUUGGCCUCCAACUAGCAGUUAGAGAGUGCGGAAGGCAGUUUGCGAAUCACCGCUGGAACUGCACUGCCCUUACCACACCGACCAACAACCCGCACACAGCUGCUAUCAUGGCAAGAGGCUACAGCGAGAGCGCCUUCGGUCACGCCAUCACGGCAGCUGGAGUCACCCACAGUGUCGCCCGCGCAUGCGCAGCUGGGCGCCUCCACAACUGCUCCUGCGGCAUGGUUCGAGGCAAGAGAGCGUGGAAGUGGUCCGGGUGCCACGACAACACCCGGUUCGGUGCCAGAUACUCGAGGCACUUCCUGGACGUGCGAGAGAGAGCCAAGGACAUGAUCUCAUUCACACACCUCUAUAAUAAUGAGGUCGGGAGGAAGCUGGUCCGUCGCAACCGGGAAGUCCGGUGCAAAUGCCACGGGAUGUCAGGCUCCUGUGAGGUCCGGACUUGCUGGAAGGCCGCCCCUGACUUCCGGAGAGUCGGCGACAUGCUGAAGGAGAAGUACCGGAAGGCGAAGUCAGCGGCGAGUGAAGUCUUCGGGAAUUCGGCCAACACGGCGAGCAUGUACAGGCCCGUCAGGAGGGAGAUCAGUCCGGACUCCCCGCUCCUGUACGUCGAGCGGUCCCCCACCUUCUGCGAGGUCGACGGCCGCCUCGACGUGGCCGGGACGGAAGGUCGACACUGCAACCGCAACUCGACCGGUCCGGACUCGUGCGAUUCCUUGUGUUGCGGCCGCGGCUACGACCAGCAGCGGCAGAAGGUCAGCCGGAAGUGCCACUGCCGGUUCAAGUGGUGCUGUCACGUGACCUGUCAAGACUGCUCGGAGGAGAAGUGGAUUUCCGUGUGCAAGUGAGCUCGGCGGAGACUCUCUCGUGAUUCUGGUGUUCCUUCGAGAGUCUGUCUGUCUGUCUGAAGAUCCAAGACUUCAUGAGACCUACGAGGUUCUCUGUGCCAUGAAUUAUGAUUACAUAAAGUGUUUCAGAAAGACAAAGUGCUUCAGAAGACAAAGUGUUUCAGAGAGACAAAGUGUUUC